AUGAGCAGCGCGCACCAACACACUUCCGCGGCAUUGACCGCCGAUGCCCUUAAGAAGGGCUUCGAUUUCACCAGUCUCAUGUCGCCACCCGAUCCGACUCCUCUCGACAGCUUCAAUCACUCUGCGCAGGUCAGCCCAAUGGCUACGCCUGCGCAGGAAGCUACCGGAGAUGCACUCAGGAUGCCCAUGUCGCCACCAGUCUCGCCACUCACGAAAGCCGCAAACAACAAUGCUGCCGCAGCUGCCGCAAGCCAUACCGAAAAGGAUCCCAUUCUUUUCCCUCGCGACGACCUGUCUUUGAGCCCACCUCAGCAGCCUCUCUUCCCUGCACAUGAGACUGCCUCUCACCGGCGCCUCGUCGAUGAGCACAUCGCUUCCAGAGACACGACCACUUUCCGCCGUUCUCCACCACCCAGACGUGAGGAAUACGAAUUGGUUCUACAAUUCAGAUCGAAGGUCAUUGAGAUGUACAGCAAGGAUCCCCAAGGUUGGCUGAAGAGGGAGAAGAAACAGUUGGUGCUCGACAGGAAAACGAGCCAGAACAGGGCAGACAAACGAUACAUUGCUCUAGCUCCGGCCAAGUCGACCAAGCUGUCCGCCAAAGUGUCUGCCACAAAGACCGUGAGGACUCCUGCUGCCAAGCCCGACCGUGUCGUCAAGCCCGCUCAUGGCCCCCGGCCGGCCCCCGCUGUCGCCAGGGCUCGCCCAACCAACCCGACACCCAAGAAGACUCGGGUCACGAGCGCCACACCGGAACCUAGCCGUCGCAUCGUCGCACCCAAUCGUGAGGAUCGCGACUUCGCAUCCUUGCCUGAUCUCUGUCCGCCACUCUCGUCUCUUCCCGACAAGACCAACAGUCUGAAGGUGGAUUGGAAGGGCACCGCGGUCGAUCUCUCCAAUGACCCCAAUGCUCACCACCUUCACCCCGAUGAGGUGACAUUGGCAGCAGCACUGCGACUCGACUGCGCUACAUACCUCACCAGCAAGCGUCGGAUCUUCAUCCGUCGCCUCGAAUGCGCCAGAAUUCAGAAGGAGUUCCGCAAGACGGAUGCUCAGCAAGCCUGCAAGAUUGACGUCAACAAGGCAUCCAAACUCUGGACAGCAUUCGAUAAGGUUGGCUGGCUGGACAUCAAGUGGAUGGCGCCCUUUGCCUCCUCGAUGUAA